AUGACUUCCCCAACAAUUCAAAAGGAACUUGCAAAAUGUUGUGCAGUGGAGAUCACCAAAGCAAUAAAGGAAGAGAUGGGGGGUUGUCUAUUCUCUGUUCUUGUUGAUGAAUCUCGUGAUAUAUCGGUCAAAGAACAAAUGGCCGUGGUUGUGAGAUUUGUUAGCAAAAAAGGAGAAUUAAUUGAAAGAUUUUUGGGUAUCAAGCAUGUCACAGACACAACAUCAGAAGCAUUAAAGAGAGCAUUGGUUGAGUUGGUAGUUGUUGCCGUCUCAAGAUGUUGUUCAUCUAUUGAGGAUUUCUUCGACUAUGUGGCCUUGAUUGUGAAUACCACUAGUUCAUCUUGUAGAAGGAAGGAUUUAUUGCUUGAUAAGCAUCACAGAAAUCUUUUGGCUAAGUUGGAGAGUGGUGAGAUGUCAACAGGAAGAGGGAAACAUCAAGAAACAUCCUUGGCUAGACCUAGAGAUACAAGAUGGGGCUCUUAUUACAAGACUUUACUUCGUAUUGAAUCAAUGUGGGAUUCAGUGAUAGAAGUACUUGGUAUCGUGCAAGAGGAUGUGCGUAAUCCAUGUCGAGCAGGAGGUUUGGUGCAUAUAAUGGAAUCUUUUAGCUUCGUGCUCAUCAUGAAGAUGAUGCUGCAAAUCCUUCGCAUUACAAAUGAGCUAUCUCUUCUCUUGCAAAGGAAGGAUCAGAAUGUUGUUCAGGCAAUGUCUUUGGUUAUUGAUGUGAAAACACGUUUAAUCAACUUAAGGAACCAUGGUUGGGAGCCACUAUUUGAAGAAUCCAAAGAAUUCUGCAAUGCAAAUGAUAUUCCAAUACCAAAUAUGGAUGAAGCGGGUCAGACUAAUUAG